ACGCGGCAUAAAUGCGCCUGUAGCUGUCACGUUCUGUUCGAUGCCGUCACAUACAUUAAGCUAACACAGAGGAUCACCUUAUUUGCAUGGAACUUUAGGACAUGACAGCCUUUUUUAGGCAUGUAGGACUGCAUAUGAAUAAGGUUAGGAUUUUAUAUUCAACCUUGUAACUUUCGUUUUCCUUAUUUGCAAAUAGAAACUGUUUGACCAAACGUCAUGAGACGCGUCACUUAGGCCAUUGCGGUAAAAAGGGAUUCAAGCUAAUCCUACAUCAGAACUUUCAACAUGACAGAUAGCUGGAGACUAGCAAUGUCGUUUUCUACUCAAGUCGUGUUUGUGAAGAUGUCCCUGCAGCUUUGCAUAAGUAACAUCCAGCACAUCUUUGCAACUGUCCUGGCAUGGAUAGGUGUGCGCGGUCCGCAGGUGCGGUUGACAUCUACAGGAAAAGUCAAUUUAGUCAAGGUGUUGCAAAAGAAUAUAUCUCAAACAGCGACAACUCCAAGCAGUGUCAAUUAUCAUUUUACUCGACAGUGCAAUUAUAAAUGCGGUUUUUGUUUCCACACGGCAAAAACGUCUUUUGUCCUGCCCAUUGAGGAAGCAAAGAGGGGUCUACAGCUUCUGAAGCAAUCAGGACUGGAAAAGAUGAACUUCUCUGGUGGAGAGCCUUUCUUACAGGACAGAGGGGAUUUCCUGGGUAAAUUAGUCCAGUACUGCAAACAAGACCUCCAUCUCCCAAGUGUCAGUAUUGUCAGCAAUGGCAGCCUGAUCAGAGAGAAGUGGUUCCAGAAAUAUGGCCAAUACCUGGACAUUCUGGCCAUUUCCUGUGACAGCUUUGAUGAGGACACGAACCAGACUAUAGGCAGAGCCCAGGGCAGAAAGAGCCACCUUGACAACCUCUUCAAAGUCCGGGAGUGGUGCCGGGACUACAAAGUGGCAUUCAAAAUCAACUCUGUGAUCAACACAUUUAAUGUGAAUGAAGACAUGAGAGAAAACAUUUCUGAACUCAACCCUGUACGCUGGAAGGUGUUCCAGUGUCUACUGAUCGAUGGGGAGAAUGCUGGGGAGAACAGUCUGAGGGAGGCAGAGAGGUUUGUCAUCAGCGAUCAGCUGUUUCAGGACUUCCUGGAUAGACACAGCACCAUCAGCUGCCUGGUACCUGAAUCCAAUCAGAAGAUGAGAGAUUCCUACCUCAUCCUGGAUGAAUAUAUGCGUUUCCUGGAUUGCAGAGAGGGGAGGAAGGAUCCAUCCAAGUCCAUCCUUGAUGUUGGCGUGGAGGAGGCCAUUCAGUUCAGUGGCUUUGAUGAGAAGAUGUUCCUAAAGAGAGGAGGGAAAUAUGUGUGGAGCAAAGCUGACAUGCGACUCGAGUGGUGAUCCACACAUUGUAAUCAAUUCCACUUUUUGUUUGUACUUGUGUGUGUUUUUAUUUGUAUAGACAGUUGUAUUUAAUGGAUAACAUAAAUAGGAAAACAAAUCAAAUAAUAACUGUAGGCUACACCAACAUUAGUUUCCAUUCAUACAAAGUGUCAGGUAAAUUGCCACAGUAGAUUUGCUGUGGUAAGCCAGGAAAUACUAUUCAAUUGUAUGGAAUGCUUGUCAAAUAGAUAAAUUGUCCUUGGUUCAAAAAGGGACUACGUUGGGACUACCUUGUCUGAACCAGAGGGCAAACAUAUCUUUGUUUGCAAGCAGGACUAAGGUAGCACCAACAUCGUUUAGGGAGUGGUAAUGAGGUGACCAAUAAUGGUUGCAGUUGAGAUCAGCUGUGUGGGCAAAUUUAGAACAUAUUGAUAGCUGGCGAUAAUCUAGUGACGUCGAUGGUUGCAAUAGACCCCUUGUCAUUUGAUUAUAUUCCAAUAAAUUCUUUAGGCUAUCCAUUAGCCUAUCCAUUCUCACAUAAUGAAAGAUGUGAAAACCGAUAACAGUUUCCCUGGCUGAGCUAAUGAGAUCAUUUGGGCCAUCAGUUGAUUGACAGCUAAUUGAACAGCUUGUUGAACAGCUGAUUUCACCAUCCCCACUCCUGCAACUCGGUCACUUUAAUCGUGCGAUAAUGAUUUGGUCAUUAUCAUUCAAGAAUCUGGCACUUUGCCGCGACCAAUGCGUUAAAGUUCAAGUGACAGAUAGAAGUAGUCACGACAGGUGUGAUCAAGCCUUACAUCAAAGUUGCCUGAAGCUGAAUGGAAAGUGCUAUGCUUUGACCAGUUAUUCAGAAGAAAAUCCUCUGUGACUGUCUAAUUCACAUAUGUUAGCUUACCAAUUUGGACCCAAAACAAACACAUUCUACACAUUUACAAAUGACCUGUUUAAAGUAUUAUUACAACCAUGGUAUUAUUUUGUUACUGAAGCUAUCAGCAGA